AUGAGCUCCAACAGCACAGACCCUGGUCUCUUCCUGAGUGCCAACACCUCGCCACCAGCCGGAGGCUACCCACAAUCCAAUGCUCUACACCAAGGAGGAUCUGGAGGGGCUGCCUCCAAACUCUUGAACCUCACCUCAGAAACCCAAAAUGGAAACAGAACUGGCCACCCUGUGUGGCAGGUUGUCCUAAUUGUCUUGCUGACGGGAACGUUGUCUCUCAUCACUGUCAUUGGCAACAUCCUGGUAGUGGUAUCCUUCAAGGUUAAUCGCCAGCUGAAGACGGUCAACAACUACUUCCUUCUAAGCUUGGCUGUGGCGGACCUCAUCAUAGGGGUCAUCUCCAUGAACCUCUACACAGCUUAUCUUGUGAUGGGCUAUUGGGCCAUGGGCAACUGGGCCUGUGACCUAUGGCUGGCUAUUGACUAUGUGGCCAGCAAUGCAUCAGUUAUGAACCUCCUGGUCAUCAGCUUUGAUCGCUACUUUUCAAUCACCAGGCCCUUGACAUACCGGGCCAAACGAACCACAAAGCGAGCCGGGAUGAUGAUCGGCCUUGCCUGGGUUGUUUCCCUUGUUCUGUGGGCCCCUGCCAUCCUGCUCUGGCAGUAUUUUGAGGGUGAAAGGACAGUACCCACAGAUCAAUGUUUCAUUCAGUUCCUCUCAGAGCCAACCAUAACCUUCUGCACAGCCAUAGCUGCUUUCUAUCUGCCUGUGACGAUAAUGAGUGUUCUCUACUGGCGCAUUUACCUGGAGACCCAGAACCGUUCGAAAGAGUUAGCUGGACUACAGGGUUCAGGGGUUCGUGGUGGGAUAGCGGGAAGAGGUGUGAACGGUGGGGCUGACAAAACCCGCUUUGUCCAUCAGACAGGAAGUUCUAGAAGUUGCAACAGCUACGAGCUUACCAGGUUGUCCAAGAGGAAGAGCACAUGUCGGGAGCUGGUUGGCCUCUUCCACUGCUGGCCCGGGGUUCGUUCUUGGAGACCUGGUAGUACAAGGCACAGCGAAGGUGAUCCGGAUCAGAGUAGCAGUGACAGCUGGAACAACAAUGAUACUCCAGUCUCGUUAGACCACUCUGGGUCUUCAGAGGAUGAGGACUGUGGGGGCAGAGAGAUGAUUUCCCAGAGUCAUGCUAUUUUCUCCAUUGUUCUCAGCCUGCCAGGUAUAAAGGCAGCCGUCAACUCCCAGCUCUCCUCAUGUGAGGAACUGGACGCAGCCUCAGAGGAGGAUCCGCUUAAAGGAGCGGAGUACAGCCGGGACAGUCUCUCAACAGUCGCCACCAACACCACUACCACCACGACCCCUGAUGGAGCAAACACUUCAGACAACAGCUACCACCAACGCUUCUGCUCACGCAAGAUACAGUCAAUGCCUAUCAUCCAGGCUACGUCUAACCAAGACUCUCUGGAAGAUCCUCCAGCAUCUGGUGCCACUGCCCCUGACAGGAAUAGCACCAGCACAACCACCAAAUCCCCCUCUCUCCCAAUGUCCUUCAAAGAGGCCGCCCUUGCAACGCGUUUUGCCUCCCGAGCUCGGACUCAGAUCACAAAGAGGAAGCGCAUGUCGUUAGUGAAGGAAAAGAAGGCAGCUCAAACUCUCAGCGCCAUCCUCUUUGCUUUCAUCAUCACAUGGACCCCGUACAACAUCAUGGUGCUGAUCAAUGCCUUCUGCAAAGACUGCAUCCCGGAGACGCUGUGGGCGGUCGGGUACUGGCUCUGCUACGUCAACAGCACAGUCAACCCCAUGUGCUACGCCUUGUGCAACAAGACUUUCCGCACAACCUUUAAGAUGAUACUGCUGUGCCGCUGGGACCAGAAGAAAAGGAGGAAGCAGCAGUUUCAGCAGAGGCACUCAGUGGUCUUCCACAGGAGGAUUCCUACGGAGACUACGUAA